AGUGCUUCAGGGGCAACGGCAUCACUGGCCGCCGCCUCGUCCUUGUGACCUGUUCCAAUCUGCCCGCCAUGGGCGUCACGGACUUCGGCCACAUGCAGGAGAUUUCACGACAUGUGCGAGAGCUGCUGGGGUUUGAGGAGCCUCUCUUCAACAGGUCCAUUGCGCUCCCAUACAGAGACACUCUGGGUAUCUUCCUAGAGCAAAAGUCCCGGUCAGGAAAGAAAGCAGAUGCCCUCACUUUCUCACAGUUUAUCCAAGAAGCAGGAUUAGAGCCCUAUACUACAGUUCCUCCUUUGCAACAAGCCCAGACUGAGGUAGCAGAUGCUCUCCCAGAGGGCACCCAGAGGCAGGAUUAGAAUCCCACACUGCACAGCCACUUUUGUAAGAAGCCCAUCAGGGACAGCAGAACACACCCUUAUUACCUUGCAGUUUAUCCAAGGAGGUGUAUAGCUCCACCUUCUCCAGAUCACAGAAAAGGGCAUUGCAGCUCUUAGCCAUCUGAUGACAGCAAACACAUCCCCACACUGGCUCUGUUCUGCAGUCUUUUGUUUGCUUCCAGGAAGUAAGUGAAGCAGAAGCUAUAAACCAGA